AUGCAGGUCGCACCCUCCGGAAUGGCUGGCUUCGAGGGUCGCGCCUCCUCCUUCACGCCCACCCAGCCGCAAACCCAUCGGUCGCUGUACGGGGACAGCGGACCGCCGCAACAGAAUGGCUUUGCCAGGAGCUUCCCCGAGGGCAACGGCUUGUCGCAACACCACAUGGAUCAUCCGCCGCAAAUCUACACUGCCGUGUACUCCAACGUCAAUGUCUACGAAAUGGAGAUCAACGGCAUUGCCGUCAUGAAGCGCCGUUCCGAUUCGUGGCUCAAUGCGACACAGAUUCUCAAAGUUGCGGGGGUGGACAAGGGAAAGCGAACGAAGGUCCUGGAGAAGGAGAUCCUGACUGGGGAGCACGAGAAAGUCCAAGGUGGCUACGGCAAGUACCAGGGCACCUGGAUCAACUACCGUCGCGGUCGCGAAUUCUGCCGGCAAUACGGCGUCGAGGAUCUUUUACGCCCUCUGCUCGACUAUGGCGUCGAUGGCGGGUCGCAGGGACACGAGGUCGAUACCCCUACCAAGGAGCAGGCCAUGGCGGCGAACCGGAAGCGCUUCUAUGCCAGCACCAUGGACGGCCGAACUCAGAGUGCUGCUGCUGGCGGCACCUUCUUCUCCAACAUCUCCUCCACUGCUUCCAAUGCAAUCGCCGCAAUGAACAAGGUUGCCCGCAUGAACUCUCCCGCGCCACGCCCUGGAAGUGCGCAGCGUCGUCACAUGGCAUCCACCCCUUCACGCCCUGGCUUUGGAAGCCAGGAGUCCUUCCGUGGCGAAAGCCAGCAGAGCGUUCCAGGCCUGCGCUCAGAGCGCAGCUUCAGUGCCAACGGCGGCGAUUCCACAUAUGCGACCCAGACCCAGGUCGAUGGGCCUAUCGACGGCGCUGAGCCGCCUCGUAAAAGAUUGCGCCAGGAAGAAUCUUUUGCGCAACGCAACGGCGAUGGUGAGCUCAUUCGCGACGGUUCUCCCACGGAGCCUAGCGAAUCCUUCGUAUAUCACCAGGCAUUACACCAUCUCUCCACCGUUGAUGGCGAUGUGCCCGCAGCCUUACCUCCUCUCCCGGGACCCGCCGACCCCUCGUCGCAGGAGAAACAGGCUGCGCUGCUCGACCUCUUCCAAGACAACCAGUCACGCACUGACUAUUCGAAUCACCCUGCCAUUGUCCAUCUUUCAGGGACCGACCUCGACAUGCCGCUAGAUCAGUCCGCAAAUACUGCUCUGCAUUGGGCGGCAACGUUGGCCAGAGUGUCUAUUAUGCGUUUGCUAAUUUCCAAAGGCGCAAACAUCUUCCGUGGCAACGCUGCCGGUCAAACCCCACUGAUGGCUGCCGUAGCAGUCAACAACUGCCUUGACCACAGCUGCUUUCCAGAAUUACUGGAAUUGCUUGCACCGCUCAUUGAAGUUAGGGAUGAUUCCGGCCGGACCAUCCUGCAUCAUAUCGCUGUUGCCUCGGGUGUCAAGGGCCGAGCAGCAUCGAGCAAGUACUACCUUGAAGCCCUCCUUGAGUUCUUGGUGCGCAGCAACACCGGUCAGAGCAGUCAGUCUUCCUUUGAGGGCAGUACAUCAAAGCCUAUCGGCCUGAUGAGGUUCAUGAGCGAGAUGGUAAAUGCAAGGGACGUUGCCGGGAAUACUGCGCUCAACCUAGUCGCGCGCAUCGGAAACCGCAGUAUCAUCCAACAACUGCUAGAAGUCAAGGCAGAUCCCUCGAUACCCAACUACAAAGGACUGAGGCCCCUAGACUUCGGUGUUGGUGAGGAUCCCGAAAGGAACGGCCAGCAAACAUUGAGCCAGGUGGGAUCGCCGAGUAAGGGUAGAGGCCCGGCAAGCAGAGUGGAGGAGGCCAGCAGAGAGAUGAUGCCUGCCAUGUCUUCGUUCCUUUCCCAAACAGAAUCGCAAUUCAAUGCCGAAAUUCGCCUAAAGCAGGAUCUCAUCGAUCGCACCAAUGCCAGCAUUCAGUCCCUAUCGACCCAACAGCGCCAUCUCUCCAAUCUGCUUGCCUCUCUCCAACGCAGGCAACGGCUCCAUGCAGAGCGUAGCCAACGUAUCACCAAUCUCAAAAAUGCAAUCAAAGACCAACGCAGUCGCCUUGCUCGCUCCGGGGCCAUUUCGGUGGAGCAGGCCAUGAGUGCGUCCAAGGACAGCAUCAGAGUGGGUGACGCAGAUUCGGUGUCCCCAGUCCAAUCGAAGCUCGGCCAGCUACGGGACAUGUCGCCCGACUCGGCCAACAGUGUGGAUUUGAACGCUCUCUCAUCAUCACAGCACUCCUCACUCGUCUCCCUGCCAAGUGCCAAUACGCUGCGGGCCGCACUGUCGGCUUAUGACAGCAACAAUGCGGAGCUCCGGGCACGGGCGGCAGGCCUGCGAGAGCGCAAUGGCGAACUCGAGGCACAGUACCGUAAGGUCGUCUGUCUCUGCACAGGAGUGGCAGAGGAUCAAGUCGAAGUUUUGCUUGGCAGUCUUGUUAAAGCGGUCGAAAGUGAGGUUGGCGACGGGGUCGAGGUUGGCCGGGUGAGGGAAUUUCUUAGGAAAGUGGAUUUCGUGGAGAACUAG